UGUUAUUGGGUAACAAAAUUAAGUUCUAGGGGUUCUGAUAUUGCUGCAUAUGGCGAGAAAAGCUCUUGGUGCUUUAAAAGACUCCACAAUGGUUGGGAUGGCCAAGGUUAACAGCGAGUACAAGAAACUAGAUGUCGCUAUACUCAAAGCCACAAACCAUGUCGAACUACUGCCAAAGGAGAAGCAUGUACGAACUCUUUUCAAUGCAGUUUCAAGCAACAGACCUCGAGCAGAUGUUUGCUAUUGCUUACAUACUCUCUCCAAGAGGCUCACCAAAACGCGUACUUGGCAAGUUGCACUAAAAGCGUUAAUUGUUAUUCAUCGUGCUAUGAGGGAAGUCGAUGUUUCAUUUCUUCAAGAGCUUGUUAAUUAUACUGCUCAUAGAGACCAUUUGUUAAACCUAACACAUUUCAAGGAUGAUACGAGCACCAAUGCAUGGGACUAUUCGACUUGGAUUCGUUCUUAUUCUUUAUAUCUGGAAGAAUACCUUGAAUGCUUCUGCAUUAUGAGAUAUGAUUUUCAGAGAGAACGGAAGAGAAUAAAGGAGCUAAACACCCCAACCUUGAUAGGAACAAUACCUGCUUUACAACAACUGCUCUCUCGCCUUCUUGAUUGCCAGCCAGUGGGAGCAGCUCAAUAUAAUUUCUUGAUUCAGCAUGCCCUUUCAAUUGUUGCAGCAGAAAGUGCGAGUCUAUACGUAGCAAUUGCUGAUGGGAUGCUUAACCUGGUGGACAAGUUUUUUGAGAUGCAACGUCAUGAUGCGGUCAGGGCACUUGAAAUUUAUCGAAGGGCAGGAGACCAGGCAGUAAAGCUAUCUGAGUUCUUUGAGAUAUGCAGGAACCUUGACUUUGGACGAGGUCAGAAAUAUGUUAAAAUUGAAAAGCCACCUGAAUCAUUCAUUACAGCAAUGGAAGAGUACUUGAUGGAUGCACCAAAACCUCUAAUGAUUACAUGGAGGCCGGUACGUUGUAAAGAAUUCAAUUGAAAAAUCUUGUGGUUA